UCAGUUGGCAGCACGAUCGGGCCAAUGUCAAAGUGUAAGAAAAUUGUGAAAUUGGAGUGCAGAAAAAAUUUCUAAAAGCUUAUUUUUCAACUAAAUAAAGCAGGAAAAGUGAGUAAAAAUGGAAAAUCCUGAGAAGAAGAAAAAGAGAAACCGUGGACGUGGAAAAGGUCAAGGAGGUGCUGGAGAAGCUCCUGGGUCAAAGGAAGAACAUCCAUCAUCUCAGCCGGGUACAAGCAAACAACAUGGAAAUGAAAAGAAAACUACGAAGCAAACGCAGCAAUCAUCGGAAGAAAAAUUGACAAAAGAUUUCGAGAAAAAAAUGCAAAUUGAAGAUUCAGAGAAAGGUAGAACGUCGCAGGGAUCAAAGGACAGUGCUGGUGCCCAACAGGGUGCUCAAGGACAAGGGAAGAAGAAAAAGAACAAGCAAGGAGCAGAGCAAAAACAGACUGGACCGCCCGGAAAAGCGGAAGAGAAGAAAUUAGAGACAAAAGAAGUGCAAAAAGGUUUGGGGUCAAAGAUUUCUGGACCACCUGGAGUUCCAAUGCAAUCUGGACCUCCCAGAAUGCCUCAGCAAGCGUGGCCACAGCGUCCUGGAGCUCCCGGAAUGCCUCAGCAAGCGUGGCCACAACAAACUGGGGCUCCCGGAAUGCAACAAGGCUGGCCACAACAACCUGGAGUUACAAUGCAAUCUGGACCUCCCGGAAUGCCACAGCAAGCGUGGCCACAGCGUCCUGGGACUCCCGGAAUGCAACAAGGUUGGCCACAGCAGCCUGGAGCUCCUCCAGUGCAGCAGCAGGGUUGGCCACAACAACCUGGGGCUCCUGGAAUGCAUCAGCAAGCGUGGCCACAACAACCUGGGGCUCCCGGAAUGCCGCAGCAGGCGUGGCCACAACAACCUGGGGCUCCCGGAAUGCAACAAGGUUGGCCACAACAAUUAGGAGCUCCUGAAAUGGCGCCACAACAACCUAAACAAGCUUUGCCUUCACAGCAUGAAAUGCCACAGCAAGCACGUCAACCAAUACAAGCUAAAUCUUCAGCACAGGAAGCUCAACUUUCUCACGCCCCUCAGCAGCGUUCUGGACCUCCAUCGGACAUUUCCGAGACACAGUCGCAGAAAUCGGCAGGAGAGCAACCUGGUGGGAAGAAAGGUCAGAAGAAGGGGCAAAAGAAACCCCAAAGUGCUCGCGAUGAACGACCACCCGCGGGUGAUGCUCAGCCAACUAAAAGUGCUUCAACACCUACUCUUGGACAAUCAGGUGCCCCAACUAAACGUUCCCCCAUCAAGGAGGGACCAAAUGUUGCACUUUGCCCCUACAAAGGACCCGGAAAGAGUGGGCGAAAGGUUACUGGCUUCCUGACAAACUAUGUGAAGUUGAAUUUAUCGAAAUUGGUCGAUGUGGCUUAUCACUAUGAUGUAGCAAUGGAUCCAGAUAGGCCAAAGAAGCUCCUCCAGGUUGUCUUUGAGGCAUUCCGUUUGAAGCAUUUCCCAAAUAAUACCAUUGCGUACGAUCGCGCAAAGAAUGCAUACACCAUUCAACCCCUCAAUAUACCACCCAAUGGCUUUACUGAUGAGAUAACCAUUGAUGAUCCUGAGAUGUCACGCAAGAAGACCUUCAAGGUAUCCAUUCAGGAGACUGAUGAUCAUCAAGUCCGGAUGAGUCUUCUAAAGAGUGGAAAAAGCUACACGGGAGAACAAGAUAGGGGAAAAGUCUUGCGAGCACAUCAAUGUUUGGAGAUUAUUUUGCGUAUGGCUGCCCAGGGGGGUAUUCAUGUGGGGAGACAGUACUACUGGAAACCCCCAAAGUCAAUUCCGCUGGAUGGUGUAAUGGAAUUGUGGCAGGGUAUCUACCAGAGUGCCAUCUUUGGGCAGCAGGGACCCCUUUUGAAUGUCGACAUCACCAAUAAGGGUUUCCCCAUGGCUAUGCCGGUACUCAAAGUCUUUGAGAAUAAUCGCUGUGACCUCAAUCGUAUGCCCCAAGCACGUGAUUUGGAGAAUGUGAAGGCACAUCUCAAUGGGCUGAACAUUUCCUAUGCCCCAAAGGGUAAUGAAGCAUCCCGAAGGGUUUACAAAUUUCUCGGUUUUAAGGAUUCCGCACAACGGCAGCAAUUUACAUUGGAUGAUGGCAAAACAAUGACAGUGGAGCAAUAUUUUGCUGGUAAUAACAUGCGAUUGAAAUUCCCCCAUUUGCCUUUACUUCAUGUUGGUCCAAAGGAUAAGAAUAUCUAUCUUCCGGCGGAAUUUUGUACAAUCCCAGGUGGGCAGGCGGUGAUGAAGAAACUAACUGAUAUGCAAACAAGGACAAUGAUUAAGGAGACAGCAACGUCAACGGAUGUGAGAAAGGAGAGAAUUUUGAAUAUACUCCGUAAGGCAAAUUUCGAUGCGAGUCCCAUUGUGAGGGAUUUUGGAAUUGGUGUUGGGAAUGAAUUUGUUGAUGUUGAUGCGAGAAUUUUGAAUGCACCAAAAUUGGAAUAUGCCAAUAAGAAGGAGGUGUUGCCAAAUAAGGGUGUGUGGUACAAUGAUAAAUUCAUUGUGCCAACAACAAUUGAUAGUUGGGCAAUUCUUGUACUUCAGUUUAGACCCGAUAUGUUUGCCAUUGAUACUUUUGCAAAGAGACUCAUUGCAAUUGGGGGAAAACUCAAUAUGACCAUCACUACACCCCCAACACCGGUGCAAAUUGACAUUCAACGCAAUCAGCGGGAAUUUGAGAAGGUUAUGAAUGAAUGGAAGGGGAAGGUGAAGAUUCUGUUGGUGGUCAUACCGGGAUUUGGUGAUGCCUACAAGGAGGUUAAGAGAGCUGCCGAGGGGAAGUAUGGUAUCCUCACGCAAUGCGUAAAGCAUCAAACAGUUGUGCAGCGUGGUGAUGAGUCAACAGUAACGAAUAUCCUGCUGAAGAUGAAUUCUAAACUCAAUGGGUUGAAUCAUCGUAUUCACAGUCAGACAAAUCUCAAGCUUGGUGUGCUCAAAGAUGGGAAUUUUAUGGUUGUUGGUGCCGAUGUGACGCACCCGAGUCCAGAUCAGCGGAAUAUUCCGAGUAUUGUGGGUGUUGCGGCGUCAUAUGAUGAAGAUGGAUUCCGCUAUACGGGUAUGUGGCGCAUUCAGGAUCCCCGGAAGGAGAUGAUUGAUGAUCUAGCUAAAAUGAUUGAGGAUCAUUUGUAUUUCUACAAGAAGGAACGCAAAGGGCUUCUACCGCAUACAAUUCUCUACUAUCGCGAUGGUGUUGGUGAGGGGGACUUCCAGAGGGUGCUGAAUUUGGAAUUUCAAGCCAUUCGGCAGGGUGCUUCGCGUCUUGGUGACAAAUAUAAGCCCAAUAUUGUCUUUAUUGUUGUCCAAAAGAGGCACCAUACGCGCUUUUUCCCCGGAAAAUCGGGAAUAAGUGUGGGAAAGAAUAACAAUGUACCACCAGGGACGAUUGUUGACACCAAAAUUGUUCCAAUGCAGCAAAAUCAAUUCUUCUUGGUUGCCCACCAGGCGAUUCAGGGUGUAGCAAAGCCAACUAAGUACUGUGUGUUGGUGGAUGAAGCCAACAUUUCCAUUGAUGAUCUACAGGGAUUGACCUACAACCUCUGCCACAUGUUUACGCGAUGCAAUAGAUCCGUCUCAUAUGUUGCACCCACUUACUAUGCUCAUCUCAUGGCAGCCAGGGGAAAGGUUUACGUUGAAGGGGAUAGAUUGGACAUGAAUAACCUACAGCGCGAGUAUGAGAAGAGGAAGAUUAAAGAUGAAAUCGCCAUCAAACAUCCCAUGUUCUUUGUUUAAUAUCAUCACGACUUCAUCAAGUUUUACUUCUUUAUUUUUGCCCGAAGGAUGUGAUUGAAUUACUUUAUUAUUAUUCUAAUAUGUACUACAAAGAGGUUUUUGCAAUGAAUUCUGAAUUAUUAACAAUCUAUUAUAUCUAUCUAUAUAACCUAUCUAUUUGUUUAUAAAAUGAAUUCAAUAAUAAAAUGAUUGUUGAGUUCCCAAAAAAAAAA